AUGCCAUGUCCAUAUCCAUGUCAAACGAAGCCGUCUAUCGCUGGCUUUCCAUACGAUGCAAUAGCAGACACUGACUGGCCCCCAACUACCCCAGUUGUCAGUAUACUGCAAUUCAGUUUCCACCCCGGAAUGGACGUGAAUGAUCAAUCGCAGCCCGUGUCUACUCUAUGGCGAAACUCUUUGGAAUACGUCUCAACUUACCAAGCGGUGUCUCGUAUAAAAACGGGGCCCUUUCUUGACAGGCGGGCGCCGUGGUCUCUAGGUUUACCAACCCACUUAAAACAUCUGUUUCCGGCUGAGAAGCUCCAGGAAUGGGAUUUUCCUUCGACACCUGUGCAAAUAAAUUAUCAGCACCCGGUUCUGAACGCACCAGUGACUCGACAGUGCAACGUGAAAAACACAGAGACAGGGCCAUUCAGCAUAUCCUAUCCACGUGGAGUCGGUAAACUGUUCCAGGAGCUCCGGGUGGAACUCUGGAAACUAGGAAACUGUCCUAUACUUCGAUGGGGUAUAGACAGGCAUAAGAUUGAGUGGUGCAAUGGUGUUUACUUGUUUAUUGAUAACCAACAGUUUCAAGAUUAUGGAAGCUUGGAGAACACAGUGCGAGAGCGUGCUCACCAAUUAAUUUCAUUAUUUGCUACUGUAUGCGGGAAUUCUCUACAAGAUCUAUCCUAUCCAACAAUCCCCUAUCCUUCGAAUCUUGGCUCAAGCGAGAACCUCGAGAUAACAACCUUCCACGUCCCAGUAAAUAAUGCCGAUAAACAAGCAUUUGAAUCUGCCUAUCGACGCUACAGAGUGUCACAUUAUUGUUUGGAUACGAUCACGGCCCUUGCACUUGAAAUAGUCUCCAAGCGAGAGGAUUGUAAACGCCGUCAACUUGAACUACGUCAACUGGAACUUGAACGCCAGCAAGCUCCACCUUACGGUGCGUCUUCAUUUCCAUCUGCGUCUGGAUCUGGAUCUGCACCUGCUUCUGAGUCUGCACCAACCUCUCCAGGCACACCUACUCCAGACACACCUACUCCAGACACACCCUCAUGGACCGGCGUAUCCUCCAUAGAAGCCGACAUAAUCCGAAUCCGAGGUCUACUAAUAACCUCCUUCCCCAAAUUCUGCACCGAAAUAGACGCCUUCCGGUCACGAUACGGAAUCGACUUCUCGCACACCCACCAGAUCCUCGAAUCACGCGCGAUAAUCCGUGUUCUGAAUCUCUAUUCCGAUGUGAAAACGCUUCAUCUGUGGGAGACUGAUAAGAACCGGCAUAAGUAUCUGCGGCUGUGCGAGCAGGUGAUUGAGGAUUGGCAGGUGUAGGUUUGUAAUGGAUUGCUGACGACGAAGAGUCCUUUUGAGACGGCGGGGUAUAAGGAGUUGAAGAGGAAGAUGGGGUGGUGAGUUUAGGUUUGGUUAAGGC